GGUCUCACACCGCCCACACAACUUGCCCCCUCUCUCUCCCUCUCUCUCUCUGCCUUCUCUCAUUGCUGCCUACUCUCCGCAAAGAAGACGUUGUUGACUAGAUAAACCUUCAACUGUUUUAGACUACUCCUCCCAAAGCCUAUCUGAAGAAGAGAAAGCCAAUUAUAGCGAAUGGCUGAGGUUGCAGUAUCCUUCUUGCUCGAUCAACUAGAGCCCUUCCUGCUCGAAGAGGCAACAACGCUUAUAUGUGGUGUCGAGGAAGACGUUAAGCACAUCAGAACCGAACUGGAUCAAAUAAGAGCCAUCCUCAGAUUUGCCGAUGCAGAAGAAGAUACUGACACACCACUACAAGUUUGGGUUAAGCAAGUGCGAAAUGUUGCAUACGAUACCGACGACGUUCUCCAAGAAUUCAUGCUCCGGUUGGCACAUCAUUACGGGGCUGGAAUUCGUGGUUGUCUUUGGAGGAUUGCUUGCUCCGUGGCGAACCUAAGUGCUCACUUUCAAAUUACUAUUGAAAUACGAAAAAUCAAGCCCAAAGUCGAGGGUGUUUUUAAGACAUACUCUGAGAGGUAUAAAACCGCAUAUGAUCGUUAUCAAGGCCAGAGCAGCAAUGCCGGCAGCAGCAACGAAACUCUUGACCGUCGAGGAGGUGGAGCUGAGCUUGUCGGCAUCGAGGGGCCCAAAAACAAACUCAUUACUUGGCUUCUUGAUGAUAUUUCUGACCUCAAAGUGUUUUCGGUUGCGGGGGCAAGUGGAUCAGGUAAAACCACACUGGUAAACGAAGUUUUCGAGGAUGAACAAGUGAAGAAAAAAUUCCAAAUCCGUGCUUGGAUCCGUUUAUUACAAACAUUUAACGAACAAGAGGUCCUGAAGGACAUGAUUGAAAAACUUUUCGAUGAAAUAAAGCAAGAAGUGCCUCAAAGAAUGGAGACCAUGAAUGCCAACCAACUGAAAAACGUCAUCAAACAAUUCCUCCAAGAACGAAGUUAUGUGGUUGUGCUAGAUAAUGUAUGGAGCACAGAUGUAUGGAACGCCAUCAAGCGUGCAUUGCCUAAUGGCAAUCCUGACAAUGGUGGCAAUCCUGACAACGGUGGCAAUCCUGACAGUGGUGGCAAUCGUGUACUGCUCACAACUCAAAUUAAUGAAGUAGCCCAUUACUCUAGCCCAAAUUCCGAUGAUGUGCAUGACAUGCAGCCCUUGAAUGAUGAACAGUCUAUGCAGCUUUUCUGUAAGGGGACAUUCCAGAGCGAAUGUUGCCCAAAACAUUUAGAACAAUGCGUAAAAAAAAUCUUACGCACAUGUGACGGAUUGCCGCUUGCAAUUAUGGCAGCUAGUGGUUUUUUGUCUCGGAAGCGAGAAAACAUAGAAGAGUUUGAUAUGGUUCAGCGCAACCUGACUGCCAAACUGGAAGGUCGUAACAAAGUAGAGCAAAUCCGUAAAAGGUUGUCUCUCAGUUACUACGAUUUGCCUUACCAUCUCAAAAUUUGUUUCUUGUACUUGAGCAUAUUUCCCGAGGGUUGUGAGAUUGAAAAAACAAGAGUGAUUCGACUGUGGAUUGGGGAACAGUUUGUGCAAGAGAUAGAAAACCUAACGUUGGAAGAAGUUGCUGAAAUUCAUUUCAAUGAACUUGUCAACAGAAACUUAAUCCAAGUGGCGAAGAAAACAUUGGAGGAAAGAACCAGAACGUGCCGUAUCAAUGAUGUUCUGCGGCAAGUUAUGCUUUCCAAAUCGAAAGAGCAGAACAUUGUAUAUCUGGCUAGCACACCAGAUAUUCCAGAGAAUGUUCGACGCUUAGCAAUAUACAACUCCAUAGUAAAUGCACGAGAAAGCAAGCGUUUUUUUCGACUUCGUUCUUUGCUCAUGCUGGGGAACUCAUCUUCUGUGUGCAGUUCAUUCAUAUCUCCGCUUUUAAGUGGUGGGUCCAAGUUGUUCAAGGUAUUAGAUUUAACAGGUACUGCGUUAGAGACAUUCCCAGAAGAAGUUUGUGAACUACUUCAUCUAAGGUAUCUUAGCAUGAGGGAUACAGGGGUGACAGACGUUCCCCAAUCCAUCAAAAAGCUUCGGAACUUGGAGACCUUAGAUUUGAGGCAUACCAAGGUAGCUGAGCUGCCUGUCGAAAUAGGAAUGCUUUGGAAACUUCGGCAUCUCCUUGUUUAUUAUGACAAGCUUUCUGUGGGUUUUAAAGCCACUGGGGAAAUAGAAAAUUUGAAAUCCUUACAAAAGCUUGUUACAAUCGAGGCAGACCAAAGCAAUGGCGCCGGUAUAACGGGAGAGGUGGAGAAGCUUACCCAACUAAGGACCUUGCGCAUCAUUACAAGAUCGAAACAAGAAGAUGGAAUGACCUUCCGCUUGUGUCUUGAAAAUUUGAGCAACCUUCGCUCAUUGAGUGUUGUAUCAAUAAAAGAGGAUGAUAUCGUUGAUGUGAGAUCUUUAUCCUCAAGUCAUCAGUUUCUUAAAAAGCUACACUUGAGAGGACGUUUAAUUGAGGUAACAAAAUGGGUACCUUCUCUUUUUAGUUUGGUCAGAGUAUGGUUUCAAGGGAGCGGGUUAAUGGAUGACUCACUUCAGUGCCUACAAGAUUUGCCCAAUCUCCUAGAACUUGGACUCAUUAAUGCCUAUGAUGAAGAGAAAUUGUGUUUCAAGGCCGAAGGGUUUCAAAGGCUAAAGAGGUUACAGUUUGGUACGUUGAAGGCGUUGAAACGGGUGACAGUGGAGAAUGGUUCCAUGCCUUGUCUUGUGAUGCUAUCAAUUAAGGCAUGCGAUAAAUUGGAAGAGGUGCCAUCAGGAUUCGAACAUCUACCCAACCUUGAGUCGCUUCAUAUAAAUGGCAAUGCUGAAUCAUGGAUUCAAACCUUGUGGUAUCAAGGUAAAAAAGGUGAGCACUACCCGAAAAUUGCAACCAUUCCCAAGGUCGUUAUAAAUGGUGAUUUGGUGUGAUUUUUUAUUUUUGUUUGGUUUGGUUGGGAGGGAGAACUGGAGAAGUGAGGUUUGACAUUGUAUAUUCCCGAAUGCAAAUCAUCUCCGAUGCAUUGGCUCCUUCUCUUGGGGUCGGACCUGGUUGCAUAAUAUCAUGUUAUAUAU